UCCUUACAGGUUCUGUGGACUUGCUAAUGUAAAUGUCGGAGUGAUAAAACAUCGAUUUGAGGCGACAGAGGUUAGCACGUCGCCGCUGGUUUCAAUUCAGGACCGGGAUGUUGGGUUAGAAAGCAAGAAGCUUGGUUGAGCGAGUUAUGGGUGAAAAUGUCCUCAGUGAUAAUGUCACUAAUGUAGUGUCUGGUACUCUGCUGUGCUGGGAAGGUUUUAACUCGUAUUCAUGUUUACGCUAAAUGUGCUAACUUGUUAGCACAGGUUCACAUCACCUAGACAUCGCCCAUUCGGUUGCUACACGCAUAUGAUUUUACUUGGCGUGGAAGGGAGGCCGGCGGUCGUUUUACCACAGCUUUUACUUCCUCAUGGCACGAGAGGAAUGCGUUGCACAGUGGAGCAAAACGGGGGACACAUCGACACUGAGGAACAGGAAACCCUUCCCCGCCUCGGAGCAGACCCUCCUCACGCCGUCCGGUCGGGGGUCGUCCGGAGGUGACACCCAGUCCUCCAAUGGGACGUCUGCUCAGUUCUCCUCCAGAGGGAGGUCGAGCCACGCUCCUCCGGGCGGAGGAGUGCCGCUGCUGAUGCUGGUGGCGGGGCUGUCGUUCUCCACACGCCUGCACAAGAUCACAGAGCCCCCUCAUGUGUGCUGGGAUGAGACGCACUUUGGAAAGAUGGGAAGCUUCUACAUCAACAGGACCUUCUUCUUUGACGUGCAUCCUCCUCUUGGAAAAAUGCUGAUUGGCCUCGCUGGUUACAUGAGUGGCUAUGAUGGGACCUUUCCUUUCGUUAAGCCUGGAGAUAAAUAUGACCACCACAACUACUGGGGGAUGAGAGGGUUGUGUGCUGUGUUGGGUUCCUUUCUGCCGAUCUUUGCAUACCUCAUAGUGCUGGAGUUGUCCCGGUCUCACAUUGCUGCUCUCAUCACCGCCACUCUGCUCAUAUUCGACACUGGCUGCAUCACCAUCUCCCAGUACAUCCUGUUAGACCCAAUACUCAUGUUCUUCAUCAUGGCGGCGGUGCUGAGCAUGGUCAAGUUCAACCAGCAGAAACACAGGCCGUUCAAUGCCUCCUGGUGGCUGUGGCUGGUACUGACUGGUAUAAACCUGGCUGGGGCUCUAGGGGUGAAGUUUGUGGGUCUGUUUGUCAUCUUCCUGGUUGGUCUGAACACAGUCUGGGACCUCUGGAGACUUCUGGGAGACCUUAGCCUCUUGCUGGUGGACAUCGCAAAGCACUUACUGGCUCGGGUCGUCGGGCUCAUCCUGCUUCCGCUCUUCCUCUACAUUACGAUAUUCGCCAUCCACUUUGUUGUGCUGAACAAAAGUGGACCGGGAGAUGGUUUCUUCAGCUCAGCCUUCCAGUCCCGUCUCAUCGGGAACAACCUACACAACGCGUCCAUGCCUGAAUACCUCGCUUAUGGCUCCACCAUUACUGUGAAGAAUCUCCGUAUUGCCGGAGGCUACUUGCACUCCCAUUGGCAUUUGUACCCAGAGGGAGUGGGGUCAAGGCAGCAGCAGGUGACAUCUUAUCUUCAUAAGGACUACAACAAUUUGUGGCUUGUUCACAGACCGGAUAGUAAUGAAUCUCAAUCUGGGACCCCUGACCUGGUUCGUCAUGGUGAUAUAAUUCGGCUGGAGCACAAAGAAACAACUCGCAACCUUCACAGCCACCUUCAGGAGGCCCCUCUGACCAAGAAACACUUCCAGGUUACAGGCUACGGCAUCAAUGGCACAGGAGACGCGAAUGACCUGUGGCAGGUGGAGGUGUGUGGCGGUCGGAGGGGCGACCUGGUGAAGGUGCUGCGCAGCAAAGUCCGCUUUCUGCACCGAGCCACCGGCUGCGUGCUUUACUCCUCCGGCAAGACUCUUCCAAAGUGGGGCUGGGAACAGGUGGAGGUGACCUGUAGCCCCUACUUGAAGGAAACUCCAAGCUCUCAGUGGAACAUCGAAGAUCACAUCAAUCCAAAAUUGCCCAACAUUAGUCUGUCUGUGCUGAAGCCCCAUUUUCUGGAGAUCUUACUGGAGUCACAUAUUGUUAUGAUCAGAGGUAACAGUGGCUUGAAACCCAAAGACAAUGAGAUGAAUUCCAAACCCUGGCACUGGCCUCUCAACUACCAGGGACUGAGGUUUUCAGGAGUGAAUGAGACAGAGUACCGUGUUUACCUGCUGGGGAACCCUGUGCUCUGGUGGACGAACCUGGCCUGUCUGGGAUUGUAUCUCAUCAUGGUGGCAGUGGCAUCUAUAGCCCUUCAAAGGGGUUUCCCACUGGGCCCAAAGAGAAUGGAGCACUGUCAUGUGCUCAUGGGAGGAGGAGGACUGCUUCUGCUCGGUUGGAUGCUUCACUAUGCACCUUUCUAUGUGAUGGGCCGCGUCCUCUACUAUCACCACUACUUCCCUGCCAUGCUCUUCAGCAGCAUGCUAACAGGAAUCACACUUGACAUCCUAUUGAAAAGCACAGACUUGCUGCUCUGCCCACCUUAUUCUGAUUGGCUGCAGAGAGUCGGGCAGAUGGUGCUUCUGUUAGCUGUUCUUUACAGUUUCUACCUGUUCCAUCCGCUCUCCUAUGGCAUGACUGGUCCUCUGGCACAUGAGCCGGGCAGCAGCAUGGCUGGCCUCAAGUGGAUGGACUCCUGGGAGUUCUAGUCAGCUCUGCACAAAGAUGACACUAAUGACGAUAUGAUAUACAACAACUGUUCUGAAUAUGACUGACUAAAUCAUGUGUCUCAAACACUUCUGGUUUUAAAAUGUUCAUAAGGUACUGACUCUGCACACUGCUAUACUAUCUGUCCCAAGUAUUUAUGUCUCAACAUUUCCAAGUAAUGUAGUGUAAAGAAAGCUUGAUAAAACGUACUUGAAUCAGUGCAAUAUGAAAGCAAGACCGUCAUGUAGGAUCAUCACCUCGCUGCCUUAACUCACAGCACAUCUAACAUCCUGAACUUGUGGGUGUGUGUACGGCAUGUGUCACGAUAAUAAGCUUAAGUGCCUGAAAGGAGCUGGUGAAGAAAAAUUCGAAAAAUGCUGCAUCUCCAAACUUGACAAAUAAAUAACACUUUUUGUUACAUAGUUGUAGUCUCUCUCACACUAUUUAUGUCAGCAGUUGUCUUAGAGCCUCUGAAAUUUUUGUACUGUGUCCAGCACUGGCUUCUGCUCUGACACUAUAAGACUACUACUGACUCCCAAUGUUGUGUACAUUUCAGUGUGAUCAAUAAACUAUGGUAUUCUUGUA